CUCUCUCUCUCUCUCUCUUUAUUCCUUAAAAAUUAUUCUUUCUAUUAACUUUAGAUUUUGGUUCUUGAUUUUAAUCAAGUUUUCUACUUCAGUAAAGAGAAGGUUUUUAGUAAACCAUUAAUUUUAAUAUAAUGGAAGUACCAGUAGGGUUCUUGGCUAAGCUUUGGAGCUUUAUAUCAUUUCUUCCUUUCUUCUUCUUGCUCUUCCUCCUUGGCCUUCUCAAAGGAUUAAUAAUUGGUCCCAUUGUCACAGUUAUAAUAGCAGUUGGGAAUUCAGCGGUUGUAAUUGGGCUAUGGCCUGCACAUUUUAUUUGGACCUACUACUGUGUGACAAAAACAAAAAAACUUGGAUGGGUUUUGAAGAUUGCAUUACUGGUUUCAUUGCCAGUUCCUCUGAUUCUUUGGCCCAUAAUAGCCAUUAUUGGGAGUCUACUGGGUGGGAUAGGGUACGGUUUUUUCGCCCCGCUGAUAGCAACUUUUGAGGCUAUUGGAGAAAAUAUCACAUUGAAGAUCUUCCACUGCUUUGUGGAUGGUUGUAUUUCCACUCUUAAAGGGAGCUGCACAGUAGUACGGGAUUUUACAGACUUUUGCUUCCACUCUUACUUUUCUUACAUGGACGAGCUUUCUGAGGAAAUGGAUCCAGACGAGAAACCAAUGGAAGUGAAGUUGUCAAAGCUGCCAAGUUGCGUGUUGGUUUCUCUGCUCGCAAUUCCAGUGGAUGUGCCCUUUAUUACAGCGCUUGCUCUUUGGAAGAGCCCGUUCAUGCUGUUUAGGGGUUGGAAGAGGCUACUAGAAGACUUAAUUGGAAGGGAAGGCCCAUUUUUGGAGACGGUUUGUGUUCCAUUUGCUGGUCUUGCAAUCCUUUUGUGGCCUUUAGCUGUUGCUGUAUCUGUGGUGGCAUCUUUUUUUUCAAGUUUUGCUCUUGCGCUUUACAGCGGGGUGGUGGUCCAUCAGGAAGACUCAUUUCGCAUGGGACUUGCGUACAUCCUAGCAGCCGUUUCCAUAUUUGACGAAUACACAAAUGACCUACUUGACAUGAGGGAAGGGUCAUGCUUCGCGAGGCCUCAAUAUCGAAGAAAUAUGAGCUCAUCCGGAUGCCUUGAGAGUAAGAACUCAAUUGAGCAGAAGAUUGAAAAAGAAGGAUCACGCAGCUUGAAACUUAUCUCGCAUGGAUCAAGAACCUUAAAACAGACCAUCCAACAAUAUACGCCCAUGCAGGUAUGGGGUUGGCUCUUUAAAUCCUGUGAGGUUAACGGCAGAAUACUCUUACGUGAAGGCUUGAUAGAUGUCAAAGAUAUUGAGGAAUGUAUCGUCAAGGGGGACUGUAAGAAGCUAGGCAUCAAAUUACCUGCUUGGUCAAUUCUACAGUGUCUGCUUAUAUCUGCAAAAUCCGACUCGCCAGGCCUGCUUAUCUCUGAUGAAGUGGAAUUGACAAAGUCUAACUGGCCAAAGGAUAAAGUAUUCGAGUGGUUUCUUGGGCCGCUCUUAGUCAUGAAGGAACAAAUAAAAAAACUGCAAUUGCGAGAAGAUGAAGAAAUUAGCUUGAGGACGUUGGUAAUGGGGUGCAAAAAUGAAAGACCGGAGGAAUGGGAUAACACAGGAUUUCCAUCCACUGAUACUGUGAGGAGAGCACAAUUGCAAGCUGUAAUUAGGAGGUUGCAGGGCAUUGUCGGUUCAUUAUCCCGGGUGCCAACAUUCAGAAGACGCUUCAAGAAUUUGGUGAAGGUGUUGUAUUUGGAAGCAAUCCAGAUUGGUCUUGUGGCUGAUAAUGAUGGUGGAAGCUCAAAAGCUGGAAAUAGCAAUAGGCGCCAACGUGUAAAGGGGGAUACGAGAAAUAAAGAUGAGGGAGAGGAAAAUGAGGAAAGCAGUCGAGAUGGUGAUAGUAUUGUGUGACUAUGUAGAUUAUGCUCAUUGCAGGUGCAUGUAAUCUGUGUAGUUAAGCAUGUAGUAAGCAGCUUUAAUUGUGUACAUUUUGGGUAUUGAGUAAGCUUCUUUUUUGUAUUAGCUUCUCUUUCUGGUGUAGAAAACACAGGUAAAAGUAGUAUGACUAUAUUCGUGGUUUAGAAUUCUCCUGUAGGAUACUAAGAUUGUUGCGAUAGUAAGCAUUAUUUUCAUCGA